AUGGAGGUUCUACUUGGAAUUACUGGCAAGGACUUUACUCUCAUCGCGGCCUCUAAAGCUGCUAUGAGAGGGGCCACCAUUCUUAAAGCUUCUGAUGAUAAGACCAGGGAGCUGAGCAAACAUACUAUCAUGGCAUUUUCGGGAGAAGCUGGGGACACCGUCCAAUUCGCCGAAUACAUCCAAGCAAAUGUCCAACUGUACUCCAUGAGAAAUGAAGCUGAACUCAGUCCAUCCGCUGUGGCAAGCUUCGUACGAGGGGAGCUUGCCCGUAGUCUACGAUCAAGACGACCCUACACUGUAAACCUCCUGCUGGGCGGUGUGGAUCCCAUCACGGAAAAACCCAGUCUUUACUGGCUCGAUUACCUGGCGGCGCUCGCUCCGGUACCGUAUGCUGCACAUGGCUAUGCCCAAUACUACUGCCUAUCGAUCCUCGAUAAGCACCACCACCCAGAUAUCACAUUAGAACAAGGCUUGAUGCUUCUCGAGAUGUGCACAGAUGAAUUAAAGCGGAGGUUACCAAUUGACUUCAAAGGAGUAUUGGUGAAAGUAGUGAGGAAAGAUGGAAUCGAAGAAGUACCGUUUGAUAACAGUAAACAAGCUGUGAGCGCAUAG